GCCAAAAUAAGAAAAUAUAUGUAUAUUUCAUACAAUGAAUACUAAAGUAAAGAAUUUUGAAUUUUUGGAUUUAUUGAAUUUGAAUAAUAAUGAUUUGAAGUCUAGUGUUACAGUACCGGAUGUAAUAUUAAUAUUAAAUUCAUACCUCAAGCAGGCUGAUACACCAAAAGAUGAAAUUCUUUUGCACUCCAUUACAUUUAUUUCCAAUAAACUCUUAACAGUUUUUGGAACAGACACAGGUUUAUUACAGUUGGAGGAAUUGUUUAUGAAUUUAUAUGAUAUUUUUGAAAUAAUAAUAGAUUCAAUUUCGAGAAAUCAAAGAACCAUUAAAGAUAGCAAAAUUUCCGACUUUUUACAUAAUUUGCAAAUAAUUCUAGAAAAAAUUGGAGAAGAAGAUGAAUUAAAAUUAUCUAAUUUAAGUGUUUAUAUAAUAUAUGGUAUAAAAUUUUUGGUAAAGUAUUUUUCACUUCUCAAGGAUUUUGAGUGUCGAAUAGAUGUUUCUGAAGAAAAUGAAAUGAUCCUGAGCACAAUUUUGGAACAAUCCUUGGGUUUACACUCUAAAAUAUUAAGCAUUCUAAAUGAAAAUGUUAACCUUUUGAUUUGCCAGGGAGAUGAUGGUCCCUUGGAAACAAUUGAAAAAUUUUUGCUUAAUUUGCUAAGCAUAACAAAGAUUUUAGUGAGUUUUAAUAUAAUAGCAUGUAGCACAACUUUGAAGUUUCUUUUGAAAUUAAGUAUCGUUAACUCUAAAUAUUUUGAAAACCAAAUUGAUAAAAAUUUUAAAUGGUUGACUGACGCCGUAAAAUUUUUAUGUGAACAAGUUCAUUCUCUUUUGCUCCAAUUUCAUAAUGAAGAAUUCCGAAAAGGAUGUGUAAACGAUAUUACAAAAUACUUGAAAGUUAGCUUAUUUUUUAUACAAUGCAUGAUCAAAGUUACGGAACAUUUCGAUGUUCAAAAUAUAUUUGGUUUUCAUCAUAUUAUACCAGUUUUCUUUGAAAUAUAUAGGCUGCAAUCAAUACUUAGUUCUAAUAUUCAUUGUCUAAUUGAACAGUAUUUAACUGCCAACAUUUUGAGUCUUAUUAGAAUAGUUUAUAAAACCGAAGAUUUUAUAGGGGAAUUAUUGAAAAAAUCACAUGAUUCAAUAGAUGACUCACGAUUUUGUAUCCUCGGGAUAGAAAUUAUUGAUUCCCUAGCUAGAGCAAAAGAUCAAUAUGAAUUUUCAGUGUACUUUUAUGGUCAAUUCUUUAAAAUUUUAUUUGAGAAAAUCCCAAAUUGUGUUGAAAUAUUUCUUCUGCAAGAGAAUUAUAUAAAACUUGAAGCUGGUAUGAUAUCUUUAUGGAAUUUAUAUCACGAAAAUCUUGACGUAAUGAAAGCAUUCGAAGAAAUUUUAGUUGAAGGAAUUUUACAAUACGAUUUAAAAUUAUCAAAAAUAUGUUUUGAUAUUUGGAUUUAUUUAGCAAGAACUGUUAAUACAAAAUCACGUUGCCAUUACUUUGAAUUUUGGAGAGACCUACAUGAAACUUUUCCAAUAAUUUGCUAUGAUCCAAAAAUUGUUUCAAUAGAAUGCUUAAUAAAAGUGUUUUAUGAUUCCCUGCCUAAAGAAUAUAAAAACGAUAUUUGGUCAAAUGAUAAUUCAAUAGAUAGGUCUCGUUUAAUUUAUACAUUAGGAACUAAUAGCAUUAUUGAUGAACUUAAGAGAUUAUCUUUAGAAAAUUAUUUCCAAGGGAAGUUAGAAGAGAAUUUAAAUUUAAUUAUUGAAAAACAUAAUUAUGAUUAUCAAAUAUAUAUUAAUUUGGUAAAGUUAUUUAAGCUUGUGACUAAAUCAAAAUCCUUUGAUAGAAAUAUGUCCAGAUUAAUUAUGAGUUUGAUAGAAAGUUCCUGUUCAAGAACAGUUUCUUUAAUGUGUACGAAAAAAAAAUCAUUUGGCAAAAAUUAAGAAUUUUGGAAAACUAUUCUAUAGCCUUUUCCACUAAAUUAUAUAUAAGUUAUUUCAAAGAAUUUUUAAAAGAGGAUUAUACAACUUCCCGCAAUUCAUUGCUAGACAUAGAAAAUAAAAUUGUUGAUGAAGUAACCAUAAAGUUUGACAACUUAAAUAGUGAAACCGAAUUACUAAAACAAUUGAAGACAAUAAAGUGUCCAAGUUUAACAUUUUGGAGUUGUGAAGCAGAUCUUGCAAAAGAGUUAAGUCUUGAAGUAUCAGUGGAACAUAAUAUGGAGAUUGAACCUCCAUUAAAAAAAGUAAGAGCAUCAACUUUAAAAGAGGGAAACAGUUCUAAUGUAAUUAAAGAAACUUUGGAAAAUGUGAAAAAAAUUUC